AUGUUCAACUUCAACCUCUUCAAGUCUGCCCCGGCCGAGUCCGACUCUGCGCCCGAGAACACCUGGAACUCCAACACCGUCGCCAUGCAGCAGCCCGCCAGCCCUGCUGCCCCCUCUACCAACCAGCAGGUCGUCUCUGAGCAGCCCGCCAACCAGGAGGGUAUGUCUAUGCAACUGCGCGGUGGUGGUGGCGGUGGUCUCUGCUGCGGAAUCUGCGCCGGUCUGGCCUGCUUCGAGUGCUGCGAGAUCUGCUGCUAA